UUCCUGCCGGGCGCGGCAUGGCGGGGCCGGUGGACUGUCACUGCCACCUGGCCGCGCCCUGUUUCCAGCGGGACGUGGCGGCCGUGGUGCGGGCGGCGGAGCAGGCGGCCGUGUCGGCGCUGGUGGUGGUGUCGGAGCAGGCGGGCGAGUUCCGGAGCGUCGUGGAGCUGUCUGAGAGAUUCCCAGGGUUUGUCUUGCCGUGCCUGGGAGUUCACCCCGUUCAAGAGGUUUCUCCAGAGGAGCAGCGCAGUGUUGCUUUGAAGGAUCUGGAUGCUGCGCUGCCUCUUAUAGAACUUUACAAAGACAAAUUGAUGGGGAUUGGAGAAGUUGGACUAGACUUCACUCCCAGAUUUGCCAGCACCGAUGAACAGAAGGAAGGACAAAGACAGGUUUUGAUCAAGCAGAUUGAGCUGGCAAGAAGACUGGACUUGCCAUUAAAUGUUCAUUCCCGCUCAGCUGGAAGACCAACCAUUAAUCUCUUGAAGGAACAAGGUGCUACCAAGGUGUUGCUCCAUGCUUUUGAUGGGAAGCCAUCUGUAGCCAUGGAAGGGGUGAAAGCUGGAUACUACUUCUCCAUUCCUCCUUCCAUUAUAAGGAGUGAACAGAAGCAGAAGCUUGUGAAACAGUUGCCUCUGGAAAAUAUGUGUUUGGAAACUGAUUCUCCUGCUCUGGGGCCUGAAAAGCAGGUGAGAAAUGAACCCAAAAAUAUCUACAUUGCUGCUGAAUACAUUGCCAAAAUUAAAGGAAUUCCAGUUGGAGAAGUUAUAGAAGUGACUACACAGAAUGCACUAAAAGUAUUCCCCAAACUUCAGCACUUUCUUCGGAUAUAGGUUCAGAAACUGAAAUAUAUGAUGUUGCAGAAAGUAUUACUUGUGGUGUAAUUACUAAAACCAAGUUACAUCUUGUGUUAAAGUGGAGUUUUGCAGUUGGAAGUUAAGAUGUAAGGAGUGUUAUAUAGCUGGAUAGGAUAAAAUUGGGAAUUUCUCAAAGGCUGUUGGUGUGCACUGUAAUAAUCUCUUGUAUGUGAUAAAAACACAUUGUUCCUUUGCUUCUCUCAUGUCUAUGAACACAUAAUUUGUAAAGAAGAGCACCAUAAAAUUGUCAAUUUAGUUUCUCAGGCUGCUUGCCAGCUGCUCCUAGUCUGGGAGAUGGCUCCUGUACAGUGCUUGAUGUCCCCUUCACUCCUUAUUUCUGCUGACUGAAAGUCACAAGUUGUGGACCCAGUCAUGAUAAGAAAGCUCCUAUUACAACUGGCUGAUUAUGCAUCCCUUUCUGAGCCAUUAAAAGAACCCAGCUGGAUGGA